AGCAUAUGACACGAGAAAAAAAGUCUUAAAUAGCAUUAUUGUGUGAAUUAGAAUCAUAUUUUGAGACGAUUCGACUAUAUACAGCAAAUUUGCAAAGCACAGAUAACGAGAAAUUAGACUUUUAAUGUGCUGUUAGGCCCCUCCUCCUGUUAAAGCCCGCUGGCGCCGCCAUCUUGCUGAUGACGUCAGCGGUAGAACGAUUUCAGGCAGCUUUAGCAUUGAGCCCAAUGGAGGAGGAAACAUUUUCCAGCGAUUCUGGUUCAAGUUUGGAAUUUUCAAACAUAAUUGGCGAUCCAGAGGAAGUAUGUGCCAUACAGCCAUAUAGGUUUGAGCCAUAUUUGGAGGAAAAAGAUAUGGAAUCAGAAAGCAGCGACACAGACGAGACUGAGCCAAACUCCCAGGAUGACCACAGCAGACUGGGCAACACUGCAUGGUGUUCAUGUGAAUGCUGUGCAGUGAUGCCCACAGUAGAUGAGUGCGUUUGCUGUGGUGAACAGGAGCGAGUCAGGGAGAAGAUGGAGGGGGCUGGGGUCCAAUGUAUUACCCAGCACCCUGGAUUUCAGCCCGUGUGCCUGAACGUAGACGUCCUUCAGACAGCCUAUUAUGCCUACAGGCAAAAUUAUGAGGACCAGUCAGGAAACAACUGGAAACGUUACACGGCGUAUCGCCAGUUUGUGCGCUGGGUGUACGAGUUCCUGGGGCGGAGGAUCAGGGUUCCUCUACCAGCCUGUGUGGUCGCGCAGAUCAGGACAAGCUUCCCAUCACCGGAGUUUGUUGGAUACCAACCUUGUAAUCCUCCCUAAAACUCCAAGUUGAAUAAAAUAUUGUAAUCGUUUCAUUAUACAGUCAUCCUGAUGUGAUUUUUAAAAGAAUAUCUCUACUUCAAUAUUUUUGCAAGCCUCAGUGGUUAGUCUUAUUACAUAUUUGCUAAGUGCAAUACAAAAAUUAUAUUUCCAUGACAAAGUAUUGUACUGAAUGGAAUAUGGAAAUAUGACAAAUGCAAGGACGUUAUAAGAUACUUAUUUCUGACAUGCUGAUACAAGUAAAAAACAAUUGCUACUGUAUCAAGCUCAAGACAAUGAUUUGGAAAAAUACACAAAAUGGUUUUAUUCACCGGAAUUUAAGUGUGCCAUUAUAUUUUAUAUAUACCAACAUAUUUACACAGGGCUCGAACCAAUAAUACCUUAUAAAUUCAAAAAACUAGCUCACAUUUUCAAAAGAUGACAACGAAAGAACUGGGGAACACAAUUAUACAAAAUUAAAGGUUCAAUCAUGGCACAUUAAAACGUGUGACAUGAUCCCGGACCGCCUGUUCUUUGUCAGGUCGCUGAAAGCUGCUGCUGAGGGAUAACCUCCCGGCCUCGGGCACAGCCGGUAUCGCCUCCAAUUCAUCCGGCUCUACAUCACUCGCGUCCUGCACAAGCCUCUCCACCGCCGACAUCAGCUCGCUAACAUACUCUGAUAACAAGGGAAGCAAAUGGUACUGACAAAUGCACAGAGAUAAUUCCACAUGAAAUCCAUUCCAUUUAUCUUGCAAAUAUCAAGCAAAAAUGGGACAGAUUCUAAAAACACACUUGACACUGUAUCCAGUAAUAAAGUGUCCAAAGGUUUGUACAUUACGAUGACACCCAAUAAUUUACAACAAUGAGUUCAAUUGACAGGAUUAGUAAUGCGUACUUACCAAAUGUAGGGUUCUCCAAAACUUUGCGCACAACAUGGCCGCCUUGUUUUGAUUUUGGAAAGUGGAUGCUAUAAAUCCCCACUCCGUCUCGGGUUAAGC